AUGGAGAAGCGUAAGGGGCCGGAGACAACACUCGUGGAGCUGCUGGGAGGGUCUGACUUUGUUUUGGUUGUUGAGGGCCCCAGAACCGUUUCGAAUGCAGACCAUGCUUUGAAGCGUCGAGUAGACACAAGGCUGACCCAGGAUAGCUUCCGGAACAACCUAACCUCCCGCAUGCUUGACGAACAAGCGAACAAUGGCACCGACAAAGCUCUCAUUGAUGUCGGACUCGAGAAUGAUGUCAGGCUCGAGGAUGAUGUCGGCUUAGUGAGAAGGGUUCUUCGAAACGCCAACUGCACCGCGGCCUUUGGAAGGAGGCUGGCCCUGGUCGGUGAAGCUUGCAGAACGCCUGCGGAGAUGUCGGCAUCGAUGCUAGAAAGUGUCGGCUUUGCCCAAGGGAGCAACAUCGUGGUCGGUCGCAUGCCGCGGGUUCCGGUGCUGGUACUUUUCCGUAGCCUGGAGGAGUGGAGAUCUCCAGUCCACGAUCUCCACAACAAGCUCUUGUCACCACAAGAUCCUCUCCACUGCAUGAUCCUCUCCACGACAAGACCCUCCCCCCAGGAUGACUGGCACAAAACCGUCCCUCCACGUCCAUCUCUCAAGUCCCUCUGUCAAGACUCUCCGCCACAAGACCCUCCUCAGGCUCACUGGCACAAGACCAUCCGCUGCAAGUUCCUCUCUCAAGACCCUCCACCACAAGGCUCUCCACUACAAGGCUCAUCACCACAAGACUUCCACCACAAGACCCUCCCUCCAAACCUGCAGCUUAACACGCACAUGGCACCAGCCAAGGAAAUGACUCAAAUCGCCCCAGUGCGAAACUGGGCUCUAGCAUACUGCUGGCAGACACGCACAGGGGUAAAACCCCAGGCCAUAGCAUUAUGCAGGUCCGGGACAGGCGUACUCUGGCAGCCGGGUGGUCCUGUCCCUCAUAUGGAAGCUGUCAUCGCCCCCGUCGGCACCGGCAAGCGGAGCCCGUUCGGUCUCCGCAUGCUCCACAUGCUCUGCGUCUGGGUCAAGAGCUAUCCGAACCUCAACUUCAAAGUUGACAUAUAUCCCCGCCUCGUCAACGCCCGGCGUGCCCGGCUCGCCAAAGGCAAGAGGUUGGGACCUGUUGACAAUGCCGUGUUUGCCGACCCCAGAAUCGCCACGCGCGCGGGGCUGAAACCGCAGGACAUCACCUCUGCGGCUUUGGACUGGGAGUUGUUCCUCGUUCUGGUUCCCGCCCCCAUCCUUCCUCAUGCAAAGGAGAAGGGCCCUGGUGGCAUCGACGAGUUCAAGAAGCAGCUCGCCAUCGCGCUCUGA